UCAGAAUGCAGCUCUUGAUGACGCAAACUCCGCACAGCGGCAGUAAACCAGCGCGCGCGGCACAAGCUUCUGCCUGUUACAGAAGGACGGAAUAAAGCUGCAGAUUUUAAAUAAGCGUGUCAGUUUUGCGGACGUACGUAGUGGUGAGAGUUAAGAUGGGAAGAGAAAAGUGUGUGAAAGUAGAAGAGAAAGCGAAAAGCAGAAAGCUGAAGAAGUUGGACGGCGGUGAAAGCACAGGUGACUUCAGAGAUCUGAUCAAACACAGCACAAAACCCAAUAAAUUCACAGAGGAGGUGAUUAAUGAAAAGUCUCAAAAGAAGGUAAAGACGCCAAAGGCAGAAAUCCAGCAAGUCAGCAUUUCCAGUUUUAGUGAUGCUUUGAAAGAAGAGAUGGAGAAUUUUUCUACAAAGAAGAAGAGCUUGAAAAGGAAAAGAGUGAAAGAUGAACCCAAGGAUGGCUCGUCACACUCCGUUUCACCUCAUUUAAAGAGAAAAACUGAUGAAAGUGAAGAGGAAGCUCAUGAAAGAAACUCAAAGAAGAGAAUAGAAAAGUCUGUUAAGAAAGAGGAAGGAGAUCAUCCUUUACCCAAAAAACCAAAAAGGACCAAAGAGGAGAGAGAGGAAGCCAAGCUGCUGAAGAUACAGAAGAAGGAGGAGGAAGAGAAGAAUCGCUGGAGAUGGUGGGAGGAAGAAAAGUAUGAAGACGGAGUGAAGUGGAAGUCCUUGGAACACAAUGGUCCUUACUUCCCGCCGGAGUACCAGCCGCUGCCUGAUGACGUGCACUUCUACUAUGAUGGGAAGAAGAUGAAACUGAGCGCGGCAGCUGAGGAGGUGGCACUUUUCUUUGCGCAGAUGUUGGACCACGAAUACACCACCAAGAAGGUGUUUCGGGAGAAUUUCUUCAAAGACUGGAGGAAGGAAAUGAGUCCUGAGGAGAAGUCGGUGAUUAAAGAUCUUGACAAGUGCGACUUUAGCGAAAUCCAUGCUAUGCAUAAAGCCAGAGUGGAGGCAAGAAAAAACCUGAGCAAAGAGGAGAAGCAGACCUUGAAAGAGGCAAAUCAAAAAAUCGUGGAGGAAUUUGGUUACUGUCUGCUGGACCACCAUAAGGAACGGAUCGGCAACUUCAAGAUCGAACCUCCGGGUCUGUUCCGAGGUCGAGGCGAGCACCCGAAACAGGGAAUGCUGAAGAAAAGGAUCCAGCCUGAGGAGGUCAUCAUCAACUGCAGCAAGGACGCCCGCAUCCCUGACCCGCCUCCCGGACAUCACUGGAAGGAGGUGCGACACGACAACACCGUGACUUGGUUGGCCAGUUGGACUGAGAACAUCCAAGGAGCCAUCAAAUACAUCAUGCUCAACGCAAACUCCAAACUGAAGGGCGAGAAGGAUUGGGAGAAAUACGAGAUUGCUCGGAAACUGAAGUCGUGUGUGGACGACAUUCGCGACACGUACCUGAGGGAUCUCAAGUCCAAAGAGAUGGUCACCAGACAAAGAGCUGUGGCUCUGUACUUCAUAGACAAGCUGGCUCUGAGGGCUGGUAAUGAGAAAGAAGAGGGAGAGACGGCCGACACGGUCGGCUGCUGCUCGCUGCGUGUCGAGCACAUCACUCUACACGAGCAGCUGGAUGGGAGCAAAUGUGUGGUGGAGUUCGACUUCCUGGGUAAAGACUCCAUCCGCUACUACAACAAGGUCCCCGUCAUCAGUAAGGUUUUUAAGAGUCUUAAACGUUUUAUGGAUAACAAGGAACCUGGAGAUGAACUAUUCGAUCGCCUGAAUACAAGUCUCCUGAACAAACAUCUGAGCUCCCUGAUGCCCGGUCUGACGGCUAAAGUCUUCAGGACGUACAACGCGUCCAUCACGCUGCAGCAGCAGCUGAAGGAGCUCACAAACAAGUCUGACAAUGAGGCAGAAAAGCUGCUGUCUUAUAACCGCGCCAACAGAGCCGUGGCAAUUCUCUGCAACCACCAGCGGGCGCCGCCAAAGACCUUCGAGCAAUCCAUGGCGAACCUUCAGGCCAAAAUCGACGCCCGGAAGGAACAGCUGGCGCUGGCCAAGUCUGAGCUGAAGCAGGCCAAGAAGGAGGCCAAGGACAAAGGGAGCUCGGACGUCAAGCUGCAGGCUCUGGUGGAGCGAAAGAAGGCGGCGGUGAAGCGCUGCGAGGAGCAGCUGCUGAAGAUGGAGGUCCAGGCGACCGACCGAGAGGAGAACAAGCAGAUCGCUCUGGGAACCUCCAAGCUCAACUAUCUGGACCCGCGGAUAUCUGUGGCUUGGUGUAAGAACAUGGAUGUUCCUAUAGAAAAAAUCUACAACAAAACGCAGCGGGAGAAGUUCGCCUGGGCCAUCGACAUGACGGAGGCCGACUUCGAGUUCUGAACCUCCUCAAACUCCGGUCCAGGAGACGCUCCGGAGCUUUCCCGCCACGCCGCGUCGAGGAGCAGAAGUUCCUGAAUCUGAUGGAGCUGCACUUUAACCACGUUUGCUGCUAGUUUUGAUUUGAUGCCAGAUGUUGUUACAUUUUGUUUGCAUUUAAAUAAAGGUUCCUGCUAUGCAGUAAA